AUGCCGGUUGCCGUGGCGACGGCGCCGCGCGAGCCCCCCUCCCUCGCUGCCGCCGGAGGAGGCGCGGGGCAGCGGGCCGGCGGCCUCAGAGCCGGGCAGGCGGCGGCGCUGCGCGGGAGCCGGGCCGCCUCGGGACUGACUCUGGGCCCCGAGGGGGAGCGAGACCCCGCGAAGGGCUGGGCCCUGCGGGCGCACGCCCCCCUCCCCGUCCCGCCCGCUUCCGCCGGGCCCCGGACUCGAUCCCUGGAGCGCAGAGGUAGGGGCGCGGGCAGGCCACCCCAGCGCCCGGAGACCCCCGCCGCCUGCCAGGGCGGAGGGGCCCGCUGUGCCCAACCCCAGAGCCGGCGGGAGUGGGCAGCAUGGAGGAAUCCUGACCUGCAUCCUCUUUUGCUUCUAGGGGAGCCCUCCCAGCCUCCUAACAGCAGCUGGCCCCCAAGCCUGAAUGGGAGUCAUGCCAAGGCCACUCCAGCUGUAAACCUCACCUUCUCCUCCUACUACCAGCACUCCUGCCCAGUGGCAGCCAUGUUCAUUGUGGCCUACGUGCUCAUCUUCCUCCUCUGCAUGGUGGGCAAUGCCCUGGUCUGCUUCACUGUGCUCAAGAACCGGCACAUGCGCACUGUCACCAACAUGUUCAUCCUCAACCUGGCCGUCAGCGACCUGCUGGUGGGCAUCUUCUGCAUGCCCACCACUCUCAUGGACAACCUCAUCACUGGGUGGCCCUUUGACAAUGCCACGUGCAAGAUGAGCGGCUUGGUGCAGGGCAUGUCCGUGUCGGCUUCCGUGUUCACACUGGUGGCCAUUGCCGUGGAAAGGUUCCGCUGCAUCGUGCACCCUUUCCGUGAGAAGCUGACCCUGCGCAAGGCGCUGGUCACCAUCGCGGUCAUCUGGGCCCUGGCCCUGCUCAUCAUGUGCCCCUCGGCCGUCACGCUGACCGUCACGCGCGAGGAGCACCACUUCAUGGUGGACGCCCGCAACCGCUCCUACCCGCUCUACUCGUGCUGGGAGGCCUGGCCCGAGAGGGGCAUGCGCAGGGUCUACACCACCGUGCUCUUCUCGCACAUCUACCUGGCGCCGCUGGCGCUCAUCGUGCUCAUGUACGCGCGCAUCGCCCGCAAGCUCCGCAAGGCCUCGGGGCCCGCGCGGGCCGGCGGGGACGCGGCGCCGGAGGGCCGGCCGGGGGCGCGGCGGCGGGCCCGGGUGGUGCACAUGCUGGUCAUGGUGGCGCUGGUCUUCACGCUGUCCUGGCUGCCGCUCUGGGCGCUGCUGCUGCUCACUGACUACGGCCAGCUCAGCGAGCCGCAGCUGCGGCUGGUCACCGUCUACGCCUUCCCGCUCGCGCACUGGCUGGCCUUCUGCAACAGCAGCGCUAACCCCAUCAUCUACGGCUACUUCAACGAGAACUUCCGCCGCGGCUUCCAGGCCGCCUUCCGCGCGCCGCUCUGCCCGCCGCGCUGGGCCGGGCCCCGGGAGGCCUACUCCGAGCCGCCCGGCGGGCUCCUGCGCGCCCCGGUCUCCGUGGAGGGGCAGCCCAGCGACUCGGGCCUGCCCUCCGAGUCCGGCCAGAGCAGCGGGGCGGCCCGGCCCGGCCGCCUUCCGCUGCGCGGGGCCCGGGUGGCCCACCACGGCUUGGCCGGGGAGGGUCCCGGCUGCGGCCCCCUACCCCUCACCAUACCGGCAUGCGGACGGAGAGGAGGUGUGACCCGCCUGGCCUCUCAGCUGGACAUCGCCCGGAAGCCUGACGCCAGGGUCAGGGACAGCUCCGGCUGUCUCCAGAAGGGCCGGUUAAGGCGGGGCCCAGGGAACUGGACCAACGUGAGCUGGAGGCGGGUGCCCGGCCUGGACCCCACAAACCACAAUCUGCCCGGCUCUGUGCUGAGGACCUUCUCUUGGGGCCUGGAAGACGCAUGA